AUGGGCAGAUUGAAUUAUUUCCUUGGUGUGAAGGUGGACUAUAACAGUGCCGGUCUCUUCUUAUCUCAGAAGCAAUAUGCGUUAAACAUCAUUCAGCGCGCAGGUAUGAAAGAAUGCAAACCUGUUUCAACACCUUCAGACGUAAACUCCAAGUUAGCGGCAGACGAAGGAGACAAGAUAGAUAAUCUGAAACAGUAUAGAAGUCUAGCUGGGACAUUUCAGUACUUGACGUUUACAAGACCCGACAUCGCCUAUGCAGUCCAGCAAGUAUGCUUAUUCAUGCAUGAUCCUCGUCAUACUCAUCUCAAUGCAUUGAAGAGAAUAAUACGUUAUGUACAAGGCACUACCAGUUACGGUCAGCAAAUGUACAAGUCAGCUUCCUCCACGAUCACAGCCUACUCCGGCGCUGACUAG